AUGGCUGGCAACAACAAGAUCGACUUCAAGCUCUAUAGAUACACUCCAUCUAGAGUUGCAGCCGUCAUCUUCGUAAUUCUCUUUUCCCUGACCACAGCGUACCAUGUCUACCAGCUCACGCGGCGCCGAGCAUGGUACUUUCUUGCUUUCGUGAUUGGGGGGACUUUUCAGAUUAUUGGAUACAUCUGUCGCGUUCUGGCCCAUGACCACAAGGAUUCAGUACCAAUCUACAGCGUGCAGACAAUCUUGAUUCUCCUUGCCCCGCCACUAUACGCAGCGUCGAUAUAUAUGGUCCUGGGCCGGCUCAUAAUCUACUUACGAGCCGAACGCCUGAGUAUUGUUCCAGUACGCUGGAUGACGAAGGUCUUUGUCACGGGGGAUGUGGUUGCAUUUGUCAUGCAAGCAGCAGGUGGUGGUAUCAUGGCAAGUGGCACUGUCAGCAGCUACAACCUCGGAGAACAUAUCACCGUCGGUGGUCUCUGUGUUCAAUUGGCAUUUUUUACCUUCUUUAUGGGAACCUGUGCGCUCUUCCAUCGCCGCAUUCGCCAGUCACCUACAACGGAGGCGGUGGUAGUCACGGCGCGCCUGCACGGGAGGAGUACGAGGAGUUGGGAAGGUAUCCUCGUGGGCUUAUACAUCGCCAGCAUUCUCAUCCUAGCGAGAUCGAUAUUUCGCCUGAUCGAAUAUGCGCAGGGCAACGAUGGGUUUCUCAUCAGCCAUGAGGUCUUCAUGUAUGUUUUCGACUCGACGUUGAUGGUCCUAACCAUGGUGGUUAUCAACGUAUUUUACCCAUCGAUUGUUCUGGGUAGAUCACAGAGAGAGCGAGGGGAGGAAUUGGACACUCCUGCUGUAUCUGAGACAGGGUUGCAGGAGAGAACGGGCACUGGGCAGUGA